CCUCCUUCGCUUUCUCCGCCGCAGGUCCGGGAGGGGGCGUGUGGUGACUGUGUGAGCUCGGAACUGGUUGAGUCCUUUUCCUCCGGCGUUUUCGGGGCCAAGCGGCUCCUCCUUCGCCUCCUCUCUUCGGCAAUCUCCGCUGCCCUCUUCGGCAGUCUCCGCCGCCGAUUCGGCAAUCUCCGCCGUCCCUUUCGGACAGGGCCAUUAAGUUCCGCCACCACUUCGGCAACUUCCGCCGGUUCGUUCGGAAAUGGCCGAAGACGUGAGAAAGGCAGCGGUUUAAGGGGAGAAGAAGACCGGCCGGCUUCUUGGAACGAACCAACUGCGGUCUCCAGAUGAAUGAAUAGAGAGCUGAGUACAAAAGAGGAACAGAUUGCAGUUUUCCCAUUGAUCACCUUAUACAGAGAACCCUAGAGAUCAGCGCUGGGAUAAGGAAGGCAAGUGGUGAAGGAGUCAGUGUGUGAUGCACAACGGGUCUGAGCCAAGGAUCCAAGGUGUAGAAGAUGACACCAAAUUGGGUGUUGAUCUCAUGGAGAAUAGAGAGGCUCUGCAGAGGGAUGUGGACAGGCUGGAUCCUGGGCUGAAGCAAGUGCUGAUGAAAAAGUGGCUUGGCAAUAGAAACUGUCCCAAGACUGAACAGAUCAAGCACAGGAGUGCGAUCCCCGACGUCCUUUGCCAUCAUCCGAAGGGAGCCUGCGUGCCAAGGUUUACUGGUAUUAACCCCAGAGGUGUUUGACACAUAGAAGGUUGCUCCUUCGCAGAGAGGAGAGUUGCUUUUGAAACCAGCAAUGUCUUAGAUCACUACGAUGUCGUUGUCAUAGAAUCAUAGAAUUGUGUGGUUGGAAAACACCUUUGAGGACCAUUGAGUGCAAACGUACCUGUCCACUAUUAACCCAGAUCCCUGAGCACCUCGUCUGCCUGUCUUUUGAAUACGUCCAGGGAUGGGGACUCAGCCAUCUCCCUGUGCAGCCUCUGCGAGAACCUGAGAACCACUGAGGAAUGGUAGUGCAUGAGCCACGGAGCAGCACUGAGCAAGACUGACCUUCAUAUGAGUCUCUUCUGGCUCCUUCUCCACAGUGACUGGUGCCUCUGCAUAUUCAUUUGAUGGUAAUGCAGGAUGUCGAGAGUGGCGGCAGAGUUUGGCUUGAUCCCACUGUGUUUUCCUUCUGCCGGCUGAGACUCGGAAUCACCAUGACAACGCUGUGACACUUCCAGCAACGUUGCCUGCAGACCGAGGGUGGCCUGGGGGUGGGUGAGAAGGUCAAUGAUUGAGUCUAACAGGAUCAAAAGUUGUGCCUGCAGCAAAGUGACUAUAGAAAAGCCAUUGGCACAAAAAGAAGAUGAAAUUUCCCUUCUAUUGGCUUCUCGCUGAGCAGGCACAAUAACAUUUUUUUCCGAGAGGCUCACUAUAAAAACUCUUUUGGUUAUGGCUACUGAUCCAACGUGAUUGGGCGCGCAGCGGCCUUCGAACUCAUGACUGGAUAUACAAUGUUGCGGAAUGGGGGAGUAGGGAAUGGAGGCCAGCCAUGGGUGUUGAGAUGGUCCAGUCGGAUCCGGCUCACCUGGCUUAGUUUCACCCUCUUCGUUAUCCUCGUGUUCUUUCCCCUCAUUGCCCACUACUACCUAACCACCAUUGAUGACGCAGACGAUGCCGGCAAGCGCAUCUUUGGCCCUCGGACUGGCAAUGAGCUGUGCGAGGUAAAGCAUGUGCAAGACCUCUGCCGCAUCCGUGAGUCAGUCAGUGAGGAGCUGCUCCAGCUGGAGGCCAAGCGGCAGGAGCUCAACAGUGAGAUCACCAAGCUCAACUUGAAGAUUGAGGCCUGCAAAAAGAGCAUUGAAAAUGCCAAGCAGGACCUCCUGCAGCUAAAGAACGUCAUCAGCCAGACCGAGCAUUCCUACAAAGAGCUGAUGGCUCAGAACCAGCCCAAGCUCUCCUUGCCCAUCCGGCUGCUGCCAGACAAAGAUGAUGCAACCUUCCCCUUGCCAAAGUCCAACCGGAACUGCAGACUACACAACUGCUUUGACUACUCACGUUGCCCAUUGACAUCUGGGUUUCCAGUCUAUGUCUACAACAGUGACGAUUACCCUUUUGGUAGUUCCUUAGACCCUUUAAUUAAACAAGCCUUUGAGGCAACUGUCAGAACUAAUGUUUAUGUUACUGAAAAUGCAAAUAUUGCUUGUGUGUAUAUAAUUUUAGUGGGGGAAAUGCAAGAGCCCGUAAUGCCAAAACCUACUGAACUAGAGCAACAGUUGCACUCUUUGCCAUAUUGGAGGACUGAUGGACAUAACCAUCUCAUCAUCAAUUUGUCGAGGAAAUCGGAAACUCAGAACUUCAUUUACAACAUCAGCACAGGGCGCGCUAUGAUUGCCCAGUCCACCUUUUACGAUGUGCAGUAUCGACCGGGGUUUGAUAUUGUGGUGUCACCUCUGGUCCACGCUAUGUCUGAACCCAAUUUCCUAGAAAUCCCGCCCCAGGUGCCAGUUAAGCGUAAAUAUCUGUUUAGUUUCCAGGGGGAGAAGAUUGAGUCUCUCAGAUCCAGCUUGCAAGAGGUUCGCUCUUUUGAAGAGGAAAUAGAAGGCAAUGCCCCAGCUGACUAUGACGAUCGGAUCAUCACCACCUUGAAGGCUGUUCAGGACAGCAAGCUGGACUUUGUUUUGGUGGAGUUUACAUGUAAGAACCAGCCUAAGGCGAGUCUGCCCACUGAGUGGGCUCUGUGUGGAGAAAGGGAUGACAGACUAGAGCUACUGAAGCUAUCUACUUUUGCACUGAUAAUCACCCCAGGGGACACCCAUUUAGUGAUCUCUGCUGGGUGUGCCAUGAGACUGUUUGAGGCUCUGGAAGUUGGAGCCAUCCCAGUGGUUCUCGGAGAGCAAGUCCAGCUACCCUAUAACGAUGUGAUUCGGUGGAAUGAGGCAGCCUUAAUCAUACCAAAGCCACGUAUCACAGAAGUGCACUUUCUUCUGAGAAGCAUUUCUGACAAUGAUCUCCUUGCCAUGAGGAGGCAGGGCCGCUUCUUGUGGGAGACCUACUUCUCCACCUCUGACAAUGUGUUCAGCACAGUCUUAGCUAUCAUAAGGACUCGAAUCCAAAUCCCUGCUGCUCCUAUCCGAGAAGAGACAGCUGUGGAGAUUCCCCACCGGUCUGGCAAAGCUGCUGGUACAGACCCCAAUAUGGCAGACAACGGUGACCUGGACUUGGGGCCUGUGGAAACAGAACCACCCUAUGCGUCUCCCAAAUAUCUCCGCAAUUUCACCCUCACUGCGAUGGACAUCUACAGGAAUUGGAAUUCUGCUCCAGGGCCUUUCCACCUCUUCCCCUACACUCCCUUUGACCCUGUUUUACCAUCAGAAGCAAAAUUUUUGGGGUCUGGGACUGGAUUUCGACCAAUUGGUGGAGGAGCAGGUGGCUCUGGGAAGGAGUUCCAGGCUGCUUUGGGUGGCAACGUCCCCCGGGAGCAGUUCACAGUAGUGAUGUUGACUUACGAAAGGGAGGAAGUGUUGAUGAACUCCCUAGAAAGGCUCAAUGGUCUCCCAUACUUAAAUAAAGUUGUGGUAGUGUGGAACUCUCCCAAGCUUCCCUCUGAGGAUCUCUUGUGGCCAGACAUUGGCGUCCCAAUCAUGGUUGUCCGCACAGAGAAAAACAGCCUGAACAACCGGUUCCUGCCAUGGGAUGAGAUCGAGACGGAGGCCAUCCUGUCCAUUGAUGAUGAUGCUCACCUGCGCCACGAUGAGAUCAUGUUUGGGUUCCGUGUCUGGAGGGAGGCAAGGGAUCGCAUCGUUGGCUUCCCGGGACGCUACCACGCGUGGGACAUCCCACAUCAGUCCUGGCUCUACAAUUCCAACUACUCCUGCGAGCUCUCUAUGGUGCUCACUGGUGCUGCCUUCUUCCACAAGUACUAUGCCUACUUGUACUCCUACGUGAUGCCACAAGCCAUCCGUGACAUGGUGGAUGAAUACAUCAACUGUGAGGACAUUGCAAUGAACUUCCUGGUCUCUCAUCUGACGAGAAAACCUCCCAUAAAGGUGACUUCCCGCUGGACUUUCCGCUGCCCCGGAUGCCCCCAGGCACUCUCGCAUGAUGACUCUCACUUCCACGAGCGACACAAGUGCAUCAACUUCUUUGUCAAGGUGUACGGGUACAUGCCCCUCCUCUACACCCAGUUCCGUGUGGACUCGGUCCUCUUCAAGACCCGCCUGCCCCAUGACAAGACAAAAUGCUUCAAGUUCAUCUAGAAGCAGGCGGCAGCCGGGCGCCCUCGGCUCACCAAACAUUGCCCAGAGGCAGGUGAGGGCAGAGAGUGGCUUUUUUGGCGGGGCUGUGUGCAAACCGCCUUUUGCUGUUGACUCUAGCCUCCUCCCAUGGGGCAAAAGGGAUGUCUGGGAUUCCGUCGGGCACAUUUCUCCCUCCCUUCCAGCUCUCCCUACAGCAACUUGAAUGAGCGACAGGGAACAGGACCUCAUGGCUUCUGUAAAGACAUUCCCUGGGAUCAUACACUGAGGAAUGGCAUGCUGGCUAGUGGCUCUGCCCCCUCCCUAGCCACGGGCAACCAUUCUUUUUAAAUAUAACUAUUGUUAUUUAAAAUGAAAGUGUUUUAGAUUUGCUGUGUGAGGC